AUGUUCAGAGUAUUCAGAAGAACUAAAAGUAGUAUUGCUUUGAUUGGAAAGGGGACUUCCACAAAAUAUUCGAGGUAUCUUUUGUUUGGAUCGGUAUUUCUUGGAUUAGGUUAUACUGUUGGGUUUAAUCGAUCCAAAUCUAGCGACAGUUACUCGACACUACCACUCUCAAUACUAGAUCCUCCAAUAUAUGCCAGUAAAACUGAAUUUGAAAAAGGAUUAUCUAAAAUGAUUGAAAUAAUCGGUUCACUGAAUAUUUCUACCGAUGAAGAUACUUUAAAAUCACAUAAUGAUUCAUUUUUUUCAACUCACCAUCCUCCAAAACCAGAUGUACAAAAACCAAGUGCAAUCAUCUAUCCAACAUCUACACAACAGGUCUCGAAGCUUCUUAAAAUUGCACACGAAUUUUCGAUUCCUAUAGUAGCUAAUUCUGGAUUGACUUCAAUUGAAGGUCAGAAUAUUCAUACUCGUGGACCAUAUAGUAUCUCAAUAUCAUUUAAUAAAAUGAAUCAAAUUCUUGAAUUUCAUCCUGAGGAUUUAGAUAUUGUAGUACAAUCGGGAGUUUGUUGGCAAGAUCUCAAUGAUUAUUUAAGCAAUCAUCCAAAUGGAAAUCAUUUAAUGUUUGGACCUGACCCUGGACCUGGGGCUAAUAUUGGAGGAAUGGUUGGCACAAGUGCAUCGGGAACAAACGCAUUUAAAUAUGGUACCAUGAAAGAAAAUGUCAUUAAUUUAACUGUAGUAUUAGCAGAUGGUACAAUUAUUAAAACAAGACAAAGACCUCGAAAAUCAAGUGCUGGAUAUGACUUAACUAGAUUAUUCAUUGGCAGUGAAGGUACUUUGGGAUUAGUUACUGAAAUAACAGUAAAACUUCAUGUUAAACCUAAAUUUGAAUUUGUCAGUGUUGCUUGUUUUCCAAGUAUUCAAGAUGCAGCUUCAAUGGCUCUGGAUGUUAUUUCUCAAGGAGUUCAACCAAAUGCAAUGGAAAUCCUAGAUGAGAAAAUGCUUGAGUUUGUUAAUCAGACAACAACCAAGAAGCAAUUGGAAAAACCAACAUUGUUUUUUAAAUUGGGUGGUCCGUCUAAACAAUCAAUCAUUGAGCAAUCCAAAUUGAUUCAAAAUAUUGGAUCAAGACAUAAUAUGAUAGAAUUCAAAACAAGUUCAACUGAAGAAGAAAGUAUUGAACUUUGGUCAGCAAGAAGAAAUGGGUUCUGGUCAACUUUUGAAUAUGGUAAAAAAAUCCUACCCGAUAAAACAGAUAUACAAGGUUGGGGAACAGAUAUUGCAGUUCCUGUUUCAAAACUCGCAGAAGUAAUAUCUGAAACCAAUACGGAUUUGAUAGAAUCUGGAUUUGAUGAUAGGUUUUCGAUUAUGGGUCAUAUAGGUGACGGAAAUUGUCAUUUUUUGAUUUUGUAUAAUUCUCCAGAUUAUAGAAAAAUCAAAGCGGUGGUUGAUAGAAUGGUUCAAAGAAGUGUUAAAGCAGAAGGUACAGUCAGUGGUGAGCAUGGAAUCGGUGUUGGGAAAAGAAGUUAUCUUCAAGAAGAGUUGGGCAAAAGUACAAUCGAUUUGGCUAGAAAGAUCAAACUUAGUUUAGAUCCGAAAAGAAUCUUGAAUCCUGAUAAAAUAUACAUAAUUGAUCCAAACGAUGAUUUAGAUCAACAAUUGGAAACAGGAAAUGUUUUAACCGAUGAAAGUAACACUCGCCAUUCACAUUAA